AUGCAAGCAGACGAUGAUUGGAAUGAUCCUUUAUUCCCAGCUUCGCAAGGAGGAGAGGACGAGACCCCAAGCAGAACGCUCAUGUACAUUGAAGGAAGGAAUGGCUUUACUCGAAUAUUUGCCUCUUCUCCAACCAGGUCGACUGCUCGAGAGCAAUCGUCCAUUAAAAUUCCAUCCUUGAGAGCUCAGCUUAAUGCACCAAUGGAUGACGCCGAAAGACCUUCCGAAGAGUUAGCCAUUAAUCAUUCACCUGGACACUUUUCUCUCAUUAGAGAUCAAAAACAAUUGAGUCCUUUUAGUGGUGAUUCUUCAUCCUCCAUCACAAGAAAAUCUCGUCGUUCUCUUCCCUAUUCUAAUCUUUCCUCACCUCGUCCAUCCAUGAACUCCACUUCUCCAAAAACCAACAACAUCAAGGAAGACCUACAUUCAUCAUCCUUUACAACUCUUGAAAAAGGCGCAAAAAAUACAACCGCUUCAAUUCUUCAGAAUCCGCUGUUCUACAACAAUCCAAACACAAACGAAAUGAAGCUUCGUGGUACACCAACCUCACGAGAGAGCGACCUAUUUGUGAAACCAUCAUCAUCAUCACCAAUAGGGUUAUAUUUCGGAAAUACAAAACUGGUGGAAGAUAAUGAUGCUGAUGAUUUCAGAAUUGAUAAGGGUUUAAAGGAGAAAACACUUUCUCCCAGUGGUGCUGUUCUCGUGACUGCCAAAGAGAUUGAUAUAUCUCCGAAAUCAGAACGAGAAGAUUUGAUCAAACAAAUGCUUGCAGGAGACAGGCCAAAAGAGCAAUCUAAACAAAACAGCUAUUUCACAGAGGACUUUAUCUCCACAUCUCACCAUACCUCUCCAAAAUCAAAGAAAACUUCCAUAAUAUUUAAUUCCAGAGAACAGGAUGAUUCUACAGAUAUUGAGGAUAAAGAAAUUGUAAAUAUUCUAUCACAAAUCAAAAAAUCUAAAAGACAAGCCUUAAAUGAACACUUUUUCACAGUCAAGAAGAAAACAGAGAUCACACCUCCAGCUAAAGAAUCAAGUCAAGAAAUAGUUGACGUCAAUCUUUUGAAACAAAAAGAGUUUUCAAAAAAAACUUUGAUAGACGAAAUUCAAAAGAAAAAUAAGGAAAUACUGGAUCUAAGAAACAAAAUUAUUAAGCUUCAUUCUUUAAAUACUUCUUUAGAGAGUGAUAUUAAGUCAAUGGAGGAAGCCAAUGAGUCCAUACAAUUUCUAAGCAGAAGCAAAGACACAACUAUCAACGAAUUAAAGAAGCAAAUCGACGAGCUGCAAAUCAAGCUCGAGACGAAUUCUCAAUCACACGUUAAUAUUGUCGAGGGAUUGCAGAAAACAAUUGAGAAUCUGAAUAUGACUAUUAAAGAAAAAGAUCUGCAGAUAAAGGAUCAAGACAGGCAACAUUUGAGACCUAUAAUAGAGGAGCACAAUAGAACUAUUAGAGACUUAAAGUCUGAUAUUGAACGAGAGAGAAUGCAUUACGAAGAGAAGAAAGCAAGACUACUCGAACUUAUUGCUUGCAAAGAGGACGAAAUCAGGAAAAACGGAGAGAAAGACAAAGUUAUCAACGAGUUAAAUGCAUCAAUAGAGAAAAAAGAUCAAGAAAUAAGAACUCUCAAGCUUUUCAACGACAACAACAUGCUCGAAAUUGAAAGACUGAAAAAACACACUCAACAUCUACUGGAGGAAAGAAGAGAGUUCACAGAACAGGUAAAGGAUGAGAUAACAAUACAAAUCAAAGAAGGCCAAACAAAAGAUGAACGAAUAAUGUUCCUUGAGGGCCUUGUUGAGAAACACAAAAUUAAGUUAGCCACUGUGUUGGAGGAACAUGAAGACAGAAAACAAGAUCUGAUAAGAAUAAUAGAAGAGGAGAGAAGAAUAUCCAAUUCACUUAGAAGCGAGAACUUUAGAUUGAAAAAUAAUGAAAAAGCAUUUCACCAAAUGGAGUUUAUUAGAAGAAAUAUUCUAAUCACCAUUAAGGAUGUGAAUCAUCUUCUUUCAUUAGUCGAAACGGAUGGAAUGGAUCUAUCAAGCCCUAAAGUUCAUCAAGAGCUACAAAAUGAUGGAGAUCUUUUAGCAUUAUCAUCUCAACUUAAUCAACGAAUUGAUAUUCUGAAAAAUAGAUUGACUGAGAAAUAUGCAGGUCAGCUUGGUGAUUGUUUGACACAAUAA